CAGAGAAUGUUGCAAAUUCGACGAAUCUUUUCGAGCAUCUUGGAAAGAAUAAAAAAUGGGAUGGAGCUUCGUUCGGGAAAAUCAUGGACGGAUGGGUGAACAACGCAGGAUAUCCGGUUGUGAAUGUGAAGCGAAACCAUGACGAUGAACUGCAGUUAAGUCAAGAACGAUUUUCAUUUUAUGAAACUAAAAAUGACGCAAACUGGUGGGUGCCUAUAACUUACGUCAAGCCGUCUAGCAUGGACUUUAAUAAUACAUCUCCAAUUAUGUGGUUAAAACCAGGCCGUAAUGAAACGAUAAAGUUUAAUAAGACAGAGAGGUGGAUUAUUGUGAAUACGCAGCAAGCAGGUUAUUAUCGCGUGAAUUAUGAGCCAGAAAUGUGGAAACUGUUGUCGAUGCAUCUAGAUUCGGAUAACUACAAGAAUAUCCACGUCGUAAACCGUGCUCAGUUAAUCGAUGAUGCCUUAAACAUGGCUCGUACUAACCGAUUGAACUAUACGGUUGCAUUGACACUCACACUUUACCUUGAGAGAGAAACAGAUUACGUGCCUUGGCGUACGACUUUCAACAAUAUGCAAUUCUUGCACAACAUGUUACGUACUUCCGUGCAAUAUAAUAAUUUCAUGGUAUACAUAUAUUUAUAACAUGAUAUGACUUAAAGAAGCUAAAUAUUUUAAUUCAUAAUUUUUGAUAUAUUUUAUUCAUUUUGAUAAUUAUAUAGUCGAAUUGGUAAUAUAAGUCGAGCACGUAUGAACUAUUUUCCUAUAAUAGUUAUAUUAAUAACGGCUAUUCUAUU